AUGGGCUGGUCUAGACUUUGGUCGAGGAAAAUCUCAGCUGUGCCGAGAGAAGGUGAGUUUGGAUUGAGAAUAGACUUUGGUCAGUCUGCUCGCACCGCGGGUAGGAUUGUGCGGUCUGCGGGUCUGUGUUGUUGGACGCGAGUCAAGGGCGGAUCAGUCAGGAUGCGGGGAAGGAUUUUCCCCACUUCAGCAGUGCGCAUGGGAGUGCGGGCUAGUGCGCAGUUCAACUCUGCCACAUGUUCCCCAUGUGUGGGUAGCGUUUGA